AUGAAGUGGCUCGUCGUUUUGGCUGCCCUCGUGGCUUUCGCUGAAUGUCUCCAUAAGAUGCCCCUGAUUAAGGGAAAAUCUGCCAGGCAAACCCUCAAAGAGAAAGGGUUGUGGGAGGAGUACAGGAAGAAUCACCCAUACAACCCAACAGCCAAGUUCUACAACAGUGGCACCGAGUCCAUGACCAAUGACGCUGACGUAAGCCCAGAUUAUUGUAUAAAAUUGCAAAACUUAAAAAUGCAUUCCUCUGCAGAGAACCACAAUCAAUUCAACCCAUCACAGUCAUCCACCUUCCAGUGGGGUGACGAGUCUCUGUCCAUCCAGUACGGGACUGGCAGCAUGACUGGGUUACUGGGCAGCGACACUGUUCAGGUGGGCGGCAUCUCUGUGGCCAAGCAGGUGUUUGGAUUGAGUGAGUCAGAAGCUUCCUUCAUGACUUACAUGCAGGCUGAUGGGAUCUUAGGACUGGCCUUCCAGAGCAUCGCCUCUGACAAUGUUGUACCAGUUUUUAACAACAUGAUCACUCAGGGGCUGGUGUCAGAGCCCAUUUUCUCAGUCUACCUGAGCGGCAAUAGUGCACAGGGCAGCGAGGUGGUCUUUGGUGGUACUGACAGCACCCACUACACUGGAACAAUCACCUGGAUCCCUCUGUCUUCUGCCACCUACUGGCAGAUCAACAUGGACAGUGUUACCAUCAACGGGCAGACUGUAGCCUGCUCUGGCGGGUGCCAGGCCAUCAUCGACACUGGCACCUCCCUGAUUGUUGGUCCAACCACUGACAUCAACAAUCUGAAUAGCUGGGUUGGAGCCUCAACCGACCAGUCAGGAGACGCUACAGUGAACUGCCAGAACAUCCCGAGCAUGCCUGAUGUCACCUUCACUCUCAAUGGAAACGCCUUCACAGUCCCUGCAUCUGCCUAUGUUUCUCAGAGCUCCUCUGGUUGUAUGACUGGCUUUGGUCAGGGUGGCACCAUGCAGCUCUGGAUCUUGGGAGAUGUUUUCAUCCGGGAAUACUAUGCCGUCUUUAAUGCCCAGUCCCAGAACAUCGGUCUGGCCAAGUCAGCGUAA